UCUUAGAGGGGCAAAGACAGCCCCCACCAUCUGAGGAGUGCUGCUGGGCACUGCCUGAUAGGCACUUGUGCCUGGGAUGCAGGCGCCUUUAAGAUGUGGUAAGUUGCCCGGCUGACUUAAAGGGCCAGCUCCAUCCCAGUGUCUAGUGGCUCCCUCUCUUUUGUUCUUUCCUGGGAACAUGAAGGGACUUUCAGUAGCCAGGCGGGAUUUCUAAUUAGAGAUGGCACCUUAAGAUUCCCAGAGCCUCUUCACAGCAACCGGGAGAAGGCUGAGAGUGCCAGUGUUAUUAUUAUCCCUGUUGGAAAGAGGAGGGAAACCGAGGCAAGCGCCUGACUGACCGGCCUAGUUUACACAGAGCUGUCAAGCCAGCAUUGGAGACCAUGACUCCUGACUGCUGGGCUUCCUCUCACCUAGUCUGCCCCCUUCGUUUUACAGAUGAAGCCCCGGGGCAGGGGCGGGGUAGGGACUAAAGGCAAUCAGCAGGCGUUUAGUAAGGUCCUACUGUGCUGACUGAGGGGGCUACCAAGAGAAAAGCAAGGCAAUCCCAGGCCUGGAGGCAGGGGAAGGGAAGGUGACACAAAGCAGCUCUGUGGACCCCAAUCCAGUGCAGGAGGCCCAUGUCCCAGCAGCCCCCGGGCCACUGGCCUUCUUCUGAAGGGCAAAGGGCCCCCUGCUUGGAAUUCAAAUUGAGUUUUUUCCACUAAAGGGAGAGAAGGAGCCUCUCUUCUCUGUAUCCCAGUCUGGCUCUGCUAAGUGUUUAUUGAGCAAGUCAUCUUCCCUGAGACCUCACUAGAACCUCUAGGUCUGCAAAGGAAAAGAACUCUGUAUUUGGAGUCAGAAGAAUUGGGUUCAAAUUUCGAUUUUGCCACUGAUUUCUUCUGUAUUACCUUGGGCAAAUGACUGUGGUUCAGAAAGUUUCACUCAGUAAACAUUUAUUAAGCACCUACUGAGUGCCGGGCACUGAGCCAAGCUUGAGGGUUACAAAGAAAGACAAAGAGAUCAUAGUCCCAUGGGGGUUGGAGGGGCAGAGACAACAGGCCAAAAGCUCCAUCAUGUCCAGGUAAGAUUGUUGCUGUUCAAUCAUUCAGUCUAGUCCAACCCUUAUGAGCCUAUGGACUGUAGCAGUCCAGGCCCUGGGCCUGAGGAGCCUCUUCUGAUGUCCUGCCCUUUUGUACCGUCCGUGGGGUUUCAUGGCAGAUACUGUCGUGGUUUCCCGUUCUCUUCUCCAGAUUAGACAGAUUAGCUCCAGGUCCCAUUCAUCUCUGCUAUCCAUUCCCUCCUUCUGCUUCCCCUCGCCCCAACCCCACUCCACCCCUUCAUUCCCUUUCUAGGACCAGGGAGUAGUACUUGGGUUCUCUUUGAACUGUGGGAGAAACCCACAUAUGCUGUGCCUCCCUCCCCUCCUAGGGCAAGAGCUGAAGCCAGAGGCUGGUGCCUUGGGGUCCCUCCCUUCCCCCAGGAGCAGGGGCCCUCCCUCUGGCCGGAAGUACUCGGACCACUGUGAGGCCCGGGCCUCCCGGCCUGGCAAGAGCCGGAUCCCAGGCCGAGACCAUCGUCGGUACUACCAUGACCACUGGCGGUUGGAAUACCUGAUGGACUUCAACCCGGCCCGGCACGGGAUGGUGUGCAUGGUGUGUGGCAGCUCUCUAGCCACGCUCAAGCUCAGCACCAUCAAGAGGCACAUCCGCCAGAAGCACCCCUACUCCUUGCACUGGAGCCCCCGAGAGAAGGAGGUCAUCAGCAGCAGCUGGGAUGCCCACCUGGGGCUGGGGGCCUGUGGGGAGGCUGAGGGGCUGGGGGCCCAGGGGGCUGAGGAGGAGGAGGAAGAGGAAGAAGAGGAAGAAGAGGAGGAGGAAGCCCCUGCUGCCCUCCCAGUUUGCCCGCCCAAGAGCACAGGCCGACCCUCCUCUGGCAGCGGGGGUGGCCGGCGCCGGAGGCGCGGGGGCCCUUCAGCUCCCCGGCGGCCUGGGGGAAGCAGCGGCCUGGGGGCUCCGCGGAGCCUCGAGCGGCGUCUGAAAGAGUCUCUACAAAGCUGGUUUCGGGCCGAGUUCCUCAUGGACUACGACCCGCGGGGCAACCGGCUGGUGUGCAUGGCCUGCGGCCGGGCCUUACCCAGCCUCCAUCUGGAUGACAUCCGGGCGCACGUCCUGGAGGCGCACCCCGGCUCCCUGGGGCUCACGGGCCCGCAGCGCAGCGCCCUGCUGCAGGCUUGGGGUACCCCGGCUGCGGGGCCAGCCCCACCUCCACCAGACGACGACCUCGGCCCUCAAGACCUGACCCGAAAAGCCCAGCCUCCAGCCGGGGCCCCCUCUUCCCUGGAGCCCGCUCCCUCGGCCCCUGGGGCCCCUAGGGCGGCGGCGGGGGCGUCGAGCGGCCUGCCCCGGGGCCGAGAUCAUCGGCGCUACUACCAGGAGCGCUGGCGCCUGGAGUACCUGAUGGAGUAUGACGGGGGCCGCCGGGGCCUGGUGUGCAUGGUGUGCGGGGGCGCGCUGGCCACGCUCAAGAUGAGCACCAUCAAGCGGCAUAUUCGCCAGCGGCACCCGGGCUCCACGGGCCUCAGUGGGCCCGUCAAGGCCCUCAUAGCCCAGGAGUGGAGCCGGAAGGCCACGCACCUGCUGGCUUUGGGGCUGCCCUUCCCCGAGACCCCGGACACCCGGGGCGAGAGGGAAGAGGAGGAGGAAGAGCCGGAACAGGGGGCCGAGGAGGAGCCCGAGGAAGAAGAGGAGGAGGGAGAGUGGGCCGACUGCUCGCCCUCUGCAGAGGAAGAUGGCAGCGCUAGGAGGCCGGAGGAGGAGGAGGGAGAAGACGGAGAGGAAGAAGAGGCCGAGGCCAGGGAGCAGCCGGCUAGCAGCGCUCCCCCUGCUCCGCCCCCGCCGCCGCCCCCUCUGCCCCCGCCGCCGCCGCCCCCGCGCAGCCGGGAGCAGCGGCGCAACUACCAGCCGCGCUGGCGGGGCGAGUACCUGAUGGACUACGACGGCCGGCGGCGCGGCCUGGUGUGCAUGGUGUGCGGGGGUGCGCUGGCCACGCUCAAAGUCAGCACCAUCAAGCGCCACAUUCUGCAGGUGCACCCCUUCUCCAUGGACUUCACGGCCGAGGAGCGCAAGACCAUCCUGGAGGCCUACGAGGAGGCGGCCCUGCGCUGCUACGGCCACGGGAGCUUCGGGCCGCCCGCGCCCCCUCCGGGGGGCCCGGACGGGGACGUCCAGCCCGGCGCCGUGUGCCGGGCAUAGCGGCGGGCGGGCCGGGCUCGGCGCGGGGGAGCCGGCCGGGAUGCCCCUCGGGCCCCCCCUCCACCUCGGUCUUCCUCCCCCAGUAAAAACCUGAACCCUCUGGGGAGGUCCAGCCCCCGCCGGGAGGCCAGUCUUCCCGGGGCAGCCCCGCCUGGCCCCUACUUGCUGCCCCCACCCUGUCAGGGGCUCCUUUGCUUUCUAGUGUUUACCUCCGUGUCCGCCCUGGCUUCCCUUCCUCGUCCCCCAACCAUCGCCUCUGUGCUCCCCUCUUUCUACCGACCAGGGCCGCGAUUUUCCCGAGCUGUUGGCGUUCUCUCCAUCCCAGAUGGGUCCUUUCUCUUUGGACCAGAGAGAACUAAGGAGCGGGCGCUAGAGAAGCCUUUGUUUCAGGCCCCAGCUGGUCCACCCCGCAGGGCCGGGAGCUACAGUGGGGCGAGCUGCAGGGCAGAGCUCCAAGGGCCCCUGCCUCGGAGCUGCCUGAGGGGUUGAGAGUGGGAGGAGGCUGUCCCGACGCCAUGCGGCAGGGCCCCAGGUUGCUCGGCCUCCCCGUCACCCCCACUUCCUCAUUGCCUUGUCUUCUGGCUCUUUCCCUGAGCGGUUUUAGGAAUGUGAACUGCGUCCUGGGAUUAGGCACGAGUCCCAGUGAAUGUGCCUGGCCCUGACUUCCCACCGUCCAGUGCAGGAAAGAGGUUGGGCUAGGAAUGCAGACUCCAGAAAGCCUCGGGAUGGAGAUCCUGGGGUAGCCCAGGCCUGACCUCCCCUUUCAAGAUGGGUGUCCGUUGUCCACCGUUCAGUAUUAGAGCCUCUGCCCUCCAGCCCUUUCAUUCAGCAUAGGGAGUAUGGGGGCUUGGCCCAAGGUCCCCAUUGCUCUGCUUCAUUGCACAUGACCUAGAAAGGACCCAUCCCAGAAGGUGGUGGUACAAGCCCCCAGCCUCACUACUGCCAGUCGAUUCUGGGCACUGGGGUGGGCUAAUGAUGGGAGCCUGGCUUUCCCGAGGAGGGUAAUAAUGGGAGGGGUUUUGUGAAGACAUUGACUAGGUAUCUUCCAACCCUGCCCCCCUUCUCCUCAAGGCCAGACUCCUCGGAUGCCAGCUGGGUCUUGUGUCACAGGUUCCCCCCCACCCUGCUCCCCUCUGCAUUCCUGUUGGGUUUUCCCAGCCCUAAGCAUGACAGUAUUAUGAUGGCAAACAGGGAGUCUCUGGGAACAAGGAGGGAGCAGGAGGGGCAGAGACCCUGGUCGUCAGUUUCAAAGUUUUAGCACUUUUUGUUUUUAAUACCCCUUUCCCUUUCCUUUGGGGCCCCAUCCAUCUCAUGAUUCUGCCCAAAGUGACAUGUCAUUUAUGAGAAGCUGGAAGCUAAGGACGAUGCCACAUAACCCUCUGCUUACAAGCCCAGGGAAAGUGGCAGUCGUGCCCCUUGUUACAUCUCCCCAGGGUUGGUGGCAGGGGUAAUCACAUUUUUGGCAGAACUGGCCGGGUAGCUGGGGCCUGAAUAUUUUAGGGAGUGGGGGUUUAUGAUCAUCCAGGCAGGUCCAAGUUUGGGGUGUUUCGAUUCAUUCUCUCCUGUGGAGAAAAGGUGGCCCCAAGAUCAGGCCCUUGGCUCUUAUUUUUUAUUUUAUUUGGAAAACUAUUUAAUGCUUUUAUAUGAAGGGGGAGGGGGGGAGGGAGCCAUCACCCUUAUGUGCAAAUGUCUUUAUUUAUUAUUAUUCGUGUAUCAGAGAUAAGCUGUGAGGUGCACCUGGGAGACUUUUUUACAUGGUGCUUGGGGAAGAAGGCAGAGUUCUGGACCAUGGAGGGAGGGUGGAUGUGGGAAGAGAUCAGGAUAGCUCCCCCAAGGGUUCCUAAGAUGUCAAGGACUGAGACUAGCCCUUGCCACAAGGGCUUCUUCGGCCUGGGUUCUGAUCUUCAGAGAGGCUUUAGGGAGCUGAAGGGGCUGUCACUUUAGAGGUUGAGGGGUGGGCUAAUUGAUGGGUUCUUGAGCCAGUACUGUACUGCUAAACAACCAUUAGCAGAAGAGCUUAUCCUGCUAGGUCCAGGGUGGGGGAGGCCUGUUGAUGGGCAAAGCUAGGGGCCCUGCCCAAAGCCUGAGGCUUCAUCAUGUAACUGGUACUGAGCCUUUCUUCCUGGAUCCAGAGUCUACCUUUGAUGGGGCUAGGUUUCAGGGACUAUAAUCUGGUCAUUUCCAGGAUACCCCGUCGCUGUGGGUGUUGGCUGAGUUCUUUACAGGCUGCUCCUGCCCUGCCAAACCUUUCCCCAAAGUGCCCAGUCAGGAGUCCUCUUGAAUGGGGUCGCUUUUACCCCAGGACAAAGGGGAUGGGGUGGUGGUGGUACUUUUGUUAUGAAUGGAUAAGAUUGUCAUUAGAGAUCUCUUCCAACUCUAUAAAAAUUCUGACCUGGAAUGUUCAGAUUUCAAAUUCUAUCUAUUCUACCAGUUAAGAACAUGAGUUUGAUAAUCUGGGCCUAUUCAAAAAGGGAAGAAUCACAAAUGUCUCCAGAUUUCAGAUCUUUUUUUCUGAAAAAUAUCUUGCUUACCUAAGUAGUAAAUUAAAUGGUACCUUUCCUUUAAUACUCAUGGAAUCCCUAAAUGUGUUAGAGCUGGAAGAGACUAAUGAUGAUCUAGGGCCUCCCUCUUCCUUUUUACAGGUGAAGAAACAGGGAAGUUAGGGACUGACAGGAAUUGAAUAAAGCAAAAGCACUUAAGCCAAUUCCAUGGUGCCAACCCAAUGAGUUCAGCAGAUCAAAGCAACCAUCAGAUUUUGCUGUCCCCUAAACCCAGCUCCCAUCCCAGCUGUGCCUGGCUGGAGAGCAGGCUGAGCCUGAUUAAGAAGCCUUUUGCGCCGAGGGCACAGGGCACACUGGGGUGGGAGGCAGCUUCGCUGACAGCCCCAAGUGCUCUCAAAUAGGUGUCAGGUCCCAGGCUUCUUCCCCCAAGUGGUACCAUUUGCAUUUGACAGAAGCUAGCAUUAGGGGAAGUGGGCAGAGACCUGGUGCUCUGGUGGCGCUGAGGUGUGCUGCAUGCCAACCCAACACUCUGCCUCAGUGGUCUGAAGUUGAUGUGUCUUUAUGAACAUUUUUUAAAACGGUAUGCUUGCUGUUAUGGCUAAUAUGUAAACGUUACUCUGAAUAUAUAUUUAUAUGCCAUGUUGCUACUUAGUGACAUUAUCCAAACAUUUGUAUGCGUAUUUGUGAAAAGUUGUUUGCAUCAAUUUUUUUUAUACCCACCUACGUUUUGUAAAAGAGGUAUGUUGAAUAAAUUCUUUAAAAAUUA